CCCUUUUAGUUUUGAAAAUUUCGGAUUCGGCUUUCCUUUCUCAUUUUAACUGCCAGGCUGCCAGCGUGCUUCGGCGGAGCUCCGGCCGUUCGUCCUGGAAACUGAUUUUUUUUUUUCUCGUGAGCCUCCGUCACCACUCCUUGAUACGUUAGGUUCUGGUUAGGAAGGAGGCUGAGAGAAGAUGUCUGCUCGACAGCAAGUCACCAUAACGCUGGGUCGGAGCGGUCAGGUGCACUUCCUUAGCUCUGUCUCCAGUUCAUGUUGUCCAUCGCUACCGAAUGAGGAGAUACUUUCAAUCAUGGCACACAAAAGGAAGAUUUAUAUAAGGUUCAACUAUUGGAUUUGGACCAAUGGUCAUUACACCUAUAAGGUUGUCAAAAGAGCAAGGACCACCUCUGACGUUAGCAGCUCUGACUAUGCUCCAUACUUGGAGGGAAAGAGAUCUGUUAGAGAAAGGUUGGGGAGCAAUUUGGAUGGGCAACAUCUGCAUGAAAAUCAGUAUAGAAAAAGGCAACGGACAAGUAAUUAUGAUUCGAGUAACAAUCACAUGACUGAUGAAAGGCAGCUCAUGUCCAAUGUCAGGUUUAGUCGUGAUGACCUGAGAUACAAACUCUUAAGCAAAGGUCAAUCCAGAAGUGUAGUUGAUUUUGAUGGACAAAAUGGUGUAGAUCUUCGUGAAAAGCUUUCUCGAAGCUCUCGUAUCUCACUACGAAAUGAGCCAAGAAAAAAUAUGAUUGAACCAAGGGCCCUAACCAUUUCAAGGGGAAUACCUCCUACAAGAAGUGCUGAUGAUUUGCUUCGGCUGGAUUCAUCCAGAAACUCCUACCCUUCCUUGACAGUGGAUGGACUAAGGCACAGAUCCCCAGAUAGGUUAUUAGGUGCUUCUAGGCAUUUGUCUCCACGGAGAAGCUACGAUGAAGUGAGAAAUAAUCCAUCUGUGAGGCCCUAUGAUGACUCAAGGCCAGCAGUUUAUAUAACAAGAAGAAUUCCUGACACUUCAAGACCAGCAACUUUCAUGAACAAAACUGUGGUUCCAGUUGAUGCUUCAAAAUCUAGUUUGGGUGCUCUUCCUGGCAUUGUGCAGAAAAGCUCUUAUAUGCCUGAGGUGCCGCUUACUGUUGGCGGCUUGCUGCAUUCAUUGGGCUUAGGAAAAUAUUCCAUCAACUUCCAGGCGGAGGAGGUUUUGGCUGCUGUUGGCAGAUUGACAUGGCAGCGCUCAGGCAAAUGGGAGACAGUGACCUGAAAGAGUUGGGGAUACCCAUGGGACCGAGGAAAAAGAUCUUGCUGGCUCUUUUGCCGCGAUUGAAACAAAGGCAGCAGCGUUGAGAAAAAGGAAAAUUUCGGUUGGAUAACUGGCAUUUCAUCUAAAUUAAAAUCCCCAAAAGUGAUGUUGUAAAUCAUUUGAACAGCUCUCCCCAUCAGGGUAAAGUCUCUUGAAUUCAUUUUCUGAUAUGUCCUUAGAGUAUUUUGUAACUUUUGGAAGCAUCCAUUGCAUCAGAUUAAGGCUUUGUUUGGGAUGGCUUUUUUACCGCUUUUAAAAGUAAAAUUUUAUUAUAAAAAUUAAAUUUUUUUUACUAAGAAGUUGCUUUAAGCAGCAGUAAAAAAACCGUCUCAAAUGAAACCUAAAACUACAACAUCACACAUGCGAAUGCUGCUUCAUCCAAUGAGUCUCUUCUUGAACAUGAGCACUGUUAUGUUUGCUUGAAUAAUAUAGAUCUUAGUUUCUUGUUC